AACAGAGAAGUGAAGAGAAGUGACUUGAGUUUUCGGUUUUGGAGGUUAAAAAUCUUCCUCUGCGCUGCUGGUGGUUGGCGAUUUUUGAUUUUGAGUCAUUUCUGUUUCACUGUUCCAGUUUCCUGUAUCUUAAUUAGUUUGCACACCAACGGGGAGCACUGAGAGGUAGAGCUGGCUACGAUUUUUGAAAAAGUAUUUCCGUCUGUUUCACGGACGUUAUUGGCCCGAUUUUUGUCUCAAAUUGGUGUCUUAACGUGAUUUGCAUAUCACCGGAAGCCAUGAGUUCCUUGGUAACGCACGCAGUAGGAGAUGGCAGCGGCGCAAGCUUUGACCUCAUCCAAAAUCGGAUUGAAUCACUGAGCAGCAAGAUGGACAAGCUCAUCAACAUUCAAGAGAAGGUCCUCAACAGGCUUGAUGGGAUGUCUCAGGACAUUGACGGCAUUGAAAAGGAUAUGGAGAAUCUGAAGGUUGACAAGGAGGAGAUCCACCUCCCACCCAGGAUGAUGAACCAGACGCAGGUCACGGGGCGAGAGGUGAGGGAGAUAUGUCAGGAGAUGAGCACCAUAAUGUCGGUGGUGAACCAGCGGUCCGAGCAGCAGGCUCAGAAGCUCGAGGGCAUGGAAAAACUGGUCCUCAGCAUGCAGCAGGUGAUCAGCUUCAUCGGGGAGACGGUGAAGACUUCGAGGGUUAUGGAGCUGAUGUUCAAAGGCCCCGCGGCUCGGAAAGGCUGCAAACCCAAAGACAGUAAAGGCAAGCAAGCCGUGAAGAGGAAAUCAUCCGGAGACACAAACAAGAGGCUCGACAAGAAACCUACCUCUAAUAAAGCCAGUAAAGGGACUCAGGAGAUAUUUCCUGCAUGUGAGCCCAGUUCUCAACAGCCUUCUCACAAGAUAAAGCUCCACGGACCAAAGCAUUUCCUCGCCUCUCGCAAAUGUGGAAACUUUUUCAAGGACCACAAAGGUAAAGAUGGGACAGACAAGCCCUGUUUGAGCCCCAAAGGUCUGAAAGCUCAAAAGAAGAUGAAGCCGCCAGAUGCAGCAGAAAAUAUCUCCCUGAAGAAGCAGGUGUUGCUUCUCGAAGAGGUGCAGAAACUCAACAGGGAGAAUGCAGAGAAAUCAGGUCAGGAGCUGACCCCCGCACAUCUGGAUCUGGAGGCUGGAGUGCCCCCCAAAGAUCAACAGCCUGACGCCCCUGCCUGCAACUUGGUGGACUACCUGCGUGAAGAUUCCCGAGUGGCUGUGCCUGAGAAAGAUGAGGCUGUUCAGGCGGUUAGUGAGGAGGGGGUUGGGGAAAAGGUGCAGGAGGUGGAGGCAGCGGUUACAGAGGAGGAGGCUAAGCUCGAUGUGAAGGAUUUAGUGAAAAAGGAAGCGGAAGAAAAGCUCCCAGUCCCAGAGGAAAAGAAGGAAGCUGUUUCUACUGAUGAAGGAGUAUCUGAAGCCCCAGAGUUCCCUGCUGCACCAGAAAAGGAACCAACUGCUAAAAGCAGUGAUGACCACAAAGAUGCCUCCCCGCCUCCGGAGGCUGAGAAGGACCAGAUGUCAGAGGUCAGCAACAUGAGUACCAAGACCUUUGUGACCGAGGAACACUUCGUCGUGGAGGAACACACAAAGAGCCGGGUGGUGGAGGAAGAGGAGAAGGCAGAAAACAACGAGGAGGACGAGCAGAGACUUGAGUCCGAGGGCUGGGCCGUCUUCAGGGCGGAUGGAGUUGAAUUCCAGUUGAACCUAAAACAAAGGGUGGAGAGCGAGAGGAGGGACAACGAUGCAGAGGACGAUGCAGAAAAGGAGGACGAAGACGAAGCAGAGCGGUACUUUAUUGACACCACUCCUCCUCCAGCGGCUCCUUUCAACCACCGCAUCGUUUCAGCCAAGCCCAACCAGAUCAUCAACUUCUACACCAUCAACUGGCAGGAGGUCCUGGGCGGGGGUCGUUUUGGCCAGGUACACAAAUGUGUCGAGAACUCCUCUGGUCUCACUUUGGCGGCGAAGGUCAUCAAAGCCAGGAGCCUGAAGGAAAAGGAGUUGGUGAAGAAUGAGAUCCAGGUCAUGAAUAAUCUGGACCAUGCCAACCUGAUCCAGCUCUAUGCAGCUUACGAGUCAAGGAAUGACAUCAUCCUUGUACUUGAAUAUGUUGGUGGAGGGGAGCUGUUUGACAGGAUCAUUGAUGAAAACUACACCCUAAUGGAGCUGGACGCGGUGGUGUUCAUCAGGCAGAUCUGCGAGGGCCUGCAGCACAUGCACAAGAUGUACAUCCUACACCUGGACUUGAAGCCAGAAAACAUCCUGUGUGUGAGCAGAGUCACGAAUAAGGUCAAAAUCAUCGACUUCGGUCUUGCGAGGAUAUACAAACCACGGGAGAAACUGCGUGUGAACUUUGGCACUCCGGAGUUUCUCGCUCCUGAAGUCAUCAACUACGACUUUGUGUCGUUCAACACGGACAUGUGGAGCCUUGGCGUCAUCACCUACAUGCUUCUGAGCGGUCUUUGUCCCUUCCUCGGUGACGAUGACAACGAGACUCUGAAUAACAUCUUGGCCUGUAAGUGGAACUUUGAGGAGCAAGAGUUUGUAGAUACGUCUGAAGAGGCCAAAGACUUCAUCUCCAGGAUGCUCAUCGUCAAUAAAAGUUGGAGGAUGGGGGCGUCUGAGGCCUUGAGACAUCCUUGGCUAUCCGACCCAGUCCUUCAUCAUCGCCUUCAUACAAAGAAAACGAUGUGCAGAUCACGGCGAUCAUCGUGCGUGCCCACGACUGAUAGCUGAGGGCUACACUGAUGCUAUGGCUCCAGCUGUGGCCACUUGGACCAACCCUCCUGUCCAUGCAAAUCACCUAAUUUUGAGUCGGUGCACCUGAGGCAUGGCCCGAAAUUCUGGCUACCUUUUUAAAAAAGAACCUUUUCCUGACAUGUGAUCCACUGUGUUGCGCUAAUGUCAGCAACAUACAAAAAAUACACAGUUUGGUUUAAUUGGAAUUUAUUAGUGGAUAGUCCCACCAUGCAUUGGACUUUUUCUUGAACCGUGUACAAUACAUGUACAUUCACAACUGCAAAACAUCUUAUCACAUUAAUCAGUCCAGUAAAAGAUGCCAUACAUGCUCCAAUGUUCAGUCAUUGUUGAAGCUGUGAUGCAGAAAUGGCACCUCAGCUGUUCAGGCUGCUUGUGGCAGCGUUGUAUUGGAUUGCAUUACUUUGCAAGGUGUUUCAUCCUCCUGUACAUGGCAUUAUAAAAAGGUGCUAAUGUCAUAAUCAGACAUAUCGUCUAAAAGCUUGGCUGUGUGCACCUUCGCCUCGAAAGUGUGCGCAUUGUACCACCCACUUCACUUUGAAAUAUCCUCUCGUUGAGCCACCCUCAUACGUCUCUAACCAAACACAGUGUGCUGUAACCGUUCGCUGCUGCUUUCGAUCUCUGUUCAUAGAUAAGACCUGUAGAAAUGUACCUCAACUGCUUCCGUUCGAAAGCUACGGCAUGAUUCAUGCGACGUGACUGUAAUAAUCUGUGCUGCAUUUCUUCCCGCUGACUCACAGAUAUUAUCUAGUAUCACUUUUUUGGGCUGUAUAUAAAUACUAAGCUGUAGAUUAUAUGUUAGGGGAUAACACUGCUGGAUGUGUGUUGUGCGUAUGGACAGAAUGAUAUUAGUGUGGUUGGUGUCAUGAGCUGUAGUAUGUGCACUUUAUAAUGUUAUUUAUUCAAACGUAGAUUAUACGUGAAACUACCGUAGUCCUAUUGAAAGGGCUCGUGUGGUCAGAUUCUCAUCAUACUGUGUUGUCCAGGUCUUUUUAAAAUAAAUCUUUAUUUUAUAGCAAACACUUCACCAACACAGUUCAUGUCUUAUCAGCUUAGUGUAUUAUUUUCAUUCUUAGCUGCAUGUCUCUAUGUGUUUAUGUGUUUUAGCGAAGUAGACAUUAAAGCUUAAACUUGAUACACAGAGAAAUAACUUUUGUAAACUUUUUUUUUUAAUCGUACUCACUCUCUGCUUGAGCUGUCAUACCACUGUAGUGCCACUCGAGCUGCGUAUUCAUGCUACCGUAGAUGCUUUUUCCACCGAACAGUGUUGUCACUGAAAUGCCUUCUGUGAAGGUCCACUGACUGAAAGUAACACACGACCUACCUAAUGUUGCCUACGUUGAUAAAAUGUUGUUUGACCUCCAUUUAUGUGGCUUCAAUUUGACUUCCUGAAUGUUACAUUAACUGUUGUUCAACACAGAGUGUUAGUAAAAGAAGUUGUCCUCACCGAGUGUUAACAGUUUCAAAUUCAGCAUGUA